AUGGGUGGUGGAGAUCUUAAUAUGAAAAAGUCCUGGCACCCCGUCCUUCUAGUCAAUCAAGAGAAGGUCUGGAAAGCCGAGAAGUCUGCGAAUGAGGAACGCAAAAAGCUUGCCGACCUGCGCAAGGAGCGCGAGGAGGAACGACAGCUUGAAGAGCUUCAUCGGCUUCAGGAAGCCUCGACGGGAAAGAAGAGGGUGGAGAAGUUGGAUUGGAUGUAUGCGGCUCCUGGAGCUGAGGGAGGAGCGCUAGGUGGGGCGAGGUUGGGUGAGAAGGAAAUGGAGGAGUAUCUGUUGGGAAAGAAGAGGGUGGAUGAGGUUCUUGGGCAAGGAGACAAAAAUGUUGGUGCAGCAAGCCGAGAGUUUAUCGCCGUUCAGAACGCCAACACUGCUCGAGACACUGCCUCCAAGAUCCGUGAAGACCCUCUUCUUGCCAUCAAGAAACAAGAGCAAGCCGCUCUUGCCGCCCUGAUGAACAGGCCCGACAUCAGGAAGCAGCUGAGAGAGGCAAAACUGAAGAAGGAAGAGAAGGAGAGGAGAAAAGGAGAGAGUAAGGAGGAGCGGAAAGCGAGGAAGAAGGCCGAGAAGCAUGCAGAGAAGGAGGACCGACGAAUGUCGAAGCACCGAUCGCAUAGAGACCGGGACUCGCGGUCACCAGUCUCUGAUUACUCUGAUGAUCGUGACAGGCGACGCCAUCGCGACUCUUACGACAACCGUGACAGAGACGACAGGCGUCGCUCCCGCGACCGACCUCGAUCUAUCUCACCCAAACGAGAGCGAGAGUACAGCAAUGAUAGAGAUGUGGAUUACAGGCGAAGAGAUGACAGAAGGCCCAGGGAUCAGAGCCCUAGAAGGGAUGGGUACAGACGAGAUGACAGGGAUGACAGAAGGAGGGAUGACAGAAGGAGGGACGACAGAGACGACAGGAGGUGGAGGGAUGAACCCAGAGAAGGGCGAAACGACCGCGCCCCGCCGCCUCAUCAUCCUUACCCCGUUUCUGCACCAUCUUCGCGUCCUCCUCCUCCUCGUCCCCAACCUGCUCCCUCUACCGUGAACCCCCAAUCUCAAACGCUCGAAGACCAGCGUGCUGCCCGUUUGGCCGCCAUGUCUUCUUCUGCCGACCAAAUGUAUGCCGAACGCUCCAAGACCCUCGCAAACAGGGCAGAGCAGGAGAGGUUGGAGCUCGCACGCGAAGAGAGCAUGAGACAGAAGUAUGGUCAGGAGCAGGCGAGCGCAGGAUUCUUCAAGGCGCAGACCGGCAUGGGUCUGUCCGAAGCGCUGUCCAGGAGGGCGGGCAAGGGGCUGUUGAAAGAUAUCUAG